AAAUUCAAAAUAUACAACAGUUGUCAAUUGUCAUUCCACUUGUCAUUCUGAUUAAAGCGGUUCAAGUGAACGGUUGUUUAGAAUGUUUGUUUGUGCGAUUUUAUGUAUUUUCAUCGGUUCCACAUUAGGAUAUGUUGACAAAGAUACACCGCCGCAAUGGAGCAGCGUAUAUACCGUUAAAGGAUUGCUAAAUAUUCCUUAUGCUGAGCUUCACGAACCAUUUUAUGCUUGGUUCGAUAGUAAAAAUGGCAAAUCCCGUAUCGACUAUUAUGGCGCUAUGGUCAAAACCUACCAGCUGUCCGCGCCAGUGUACCCGCAAUAUGGCACGUCUAUUAAGAUAGCACCAGUGACGACCGAGAAGGUUCUCAAUCAUGAUACGUGUCUCCAAGUCAAUGGUACCAAAAAUGAAGACAUCAAGAUACAGUCUGUUCUACCAGAUAUGACCGACUUCAAAUAUAUUGGUACAGAAACAAUGCAAGAUUCCGAUACAUCAAAAUGGCGUAUGGUUCAAACAAUCGGCGACAAGAUAAACAAAUACACGAUGUGGGUUAAGUUCAGGAAGAGUUUGAGGGGAAACGCUGUCGCUAUUCCGGUCAGGUAUGAAAUGAAAGGCUACAACUCCCUGCUCGGCUCCCACUACGACCACUAUUAUAUCGACUAUAAGGAUUAUAAUGUGGACGAAAUCGACCAGGACGUGUUCAAGGUGGACUCAGGUUUCAAAUGCACUUCGUUCCCGGGGCCCGGCUCCCGACACUUCGCCACGUUCAACCCGAUGAAGGAGUUCGUGCACCCCGUACACGACGCCCACGUCGCUGACGAGUUCGAGAGGUUUAAAAUUAAGCAUAAUAAGCAGUACGCGUCUGAAAUGGAACAUACGGAAAGAAUAAAUACAUUCAGACAAAAUCUCAGGUUCAUCCACUCCAGCAACCGCGCCCGGCUCGGCUUCACGCUGGCCGUCAACCAGCUCGCCGACCGCUCCGGCGCCGAGCUGGCCGCGCUGCGCGGGCGCCGCCACUCCGCGCCCAGCGCGCUCGGUCUACCUUUCCCCUACGGAACCGCCGAGCUGGAGGAGAUGGCCCCGAAGCUCCCUCCGGAGAUGGACUGGAGGCUGUUCGGAGCCGUUACACCCGUUAAAGAUCAGUCGGUAUGCGGCUCGUGCUGGUCGUUCGGCACGGUGGGUGCUGUGGAAGGAGCCCUGUUUCUGCACAACGGUGGUCACCUCGUGCGACUCAGUCAGCAGGCGCUCGUUGACUGCUCCUGGGGUUUCGGUAACAACGGCUGUGAUGGCGGCGAGGACUUCAGGGCAUAUCAGUGGAUCAUGAAGCACGGUCUGCCCACCGAGGAAGACUAUGGCGGUUAUUUGGGACAGGACGGAUACUGUCACAUCGACAAUGUGACCCUUGUUACUACCAUCAAGGGCUGGGUCAAUGUCACCACCAAGAACGAGAACGCUUUGAAGUUGGCGAUUUUCAAGCACGGACCGAUAUCAGUAGCCAUCGACGCCUCCCACAAGACUUUCAGCUUCUAUUCCAAUGGAGUCUACUAUGAACCUAAAUGCAAAAAUGAAAUAGACCAAUUGGAUCACGCAGUCCUGGCUGUCGGCUACGGUGUCCUCAACGGGCAAAAGUAUUGGCUGAUCAAGAAUUCCUGGUCCAAUCUCUGGGGUAACGACGGAUACGUCCUCAUGUCGAUGAAGGAUGACAACUGUGGCGUCCAAGUGGCUCCAACUUACGUCAUAAUGUAAACGAAGAAAUACUAAGAAAGAUUAUUUUUUAUGUAUAUUAUGCUAAGCUAUAUCAAUGCGGUCUUACUUAUAAAGUUUGUUUAUUGGUUGUUUAGUGAAACUUUGAUAUCUCUUUCUAUCAUGGCUGACUUUACAUUCGAAUGAAGAAGACAGCGUUUAACUAAUUAACCCGUGAAUAAUAUUUAUAGGUACAGCAGUUGGUUAUUAAAUAAAAAAGUGGAUCUUAAAAGCAAUAUAAAUGAAGAAUCGACAGAUUGACAGAAUCUCGUAUGAAGGAUUCUUAGUGAAUGUUUUUUUAUUCGUUCCGUUAACAUUCCUAUACCAUUCGAUUCGGUACGCGAUUGAAAUUUUUGAUUAGUUGAUGUGCGCAUGCGCUUGAUGCGCUUAUUGCGCGUAUCAUGUCUGAUAGUUGAUUUUCAAAUCAGUUUAAAGAGGACGAAACUAGUUCUUAAUUAAAACAAUGUAAAUACUCCACGUAAGUGCAAAAUGAACAUUGGUAUAGGAUUUUCAUUAAAGUGUUUAGUGUUUAGAUACAAUUUUGUUGAAACAAAAAAUUUUGAUCGCGACUAAAAUCGGAAUAUUAUAUAAGGUAUGCGAAAUAGAUUAGAAAUUAGUGUUUUUUUAUUUUCUCAUAUAUUGUAACCAGUUAUUAAUAUAUAUGUAAAAGGAUUUAUAACAGUUUAGGAAUCUCAUAUUGAUUAAUUAAUGGAAAUUUUGUAUAUAAUAUUAUAUAUAAAAUAAAUGCUAUGAAUACAGGCUGUGUUGCAAUUAUGCUCUCUAUGUAGAAAAGCUAUAAUUAUAUUAAGGACUUGUUUAUUUUUUUUUAUAUAACUAAAUUCGAAACAUAUCAGAUUAUCAGGAUUUGUU